UUUUGAAUGUAAGAAUCGCAGACAGACAAAAGCAAUGAAUUUAAUCCUUUAAACAGUCUUCACUUCGCCGCUAAUCUGAAAAGUCAACAAAAUAACUGUUAACUCAAAGAUCUUAAUUAUCGGUCAAUUUUGUUACAACUCAGUUACGCAUCACACUACUAGCAAAACGGUUUUGCAAUUCGAAGAAGUAACUUUAAACUUUUUAUGUCAUCAGUAGCCGCGACGUUUGAUCUACUUGACCAUUUCGCGUUCACGGCCACUAAACGGUUUAACAGGAGAAGUGCGAAUCCCCCGGACAAUAGGGUUCUAAAUUAGGCAUAUUGAAAAAGCUCCGUCACCGCCUUUUGUAGCGGGGCGUAAUAAGUCGGUCCACUUGAACACAUCAACCCAGUGCCGCAUUUCCCUCAGAAUAGCUCCGCCCAUCCAGGAAAACCAAAAGUAGAAAUAAAAAGAAACUUGACAUCUAUAAACAAACAAAAGGAGGAUAAACCGACAUAUUGCUGAAUGAUCUUGGACAUUUAACAUCGUGAAAAAAGAAAAGAAAAAAGAAAACCAACAACUCAAAGAUGUCUGAUACAGAGGAUUCCGAAUGUUCAAAAUUUGUUGACAUAGUAAAUGAUGAAGAGGAAAGAGAAGAGGCGGAUGACACUGAGAGAUUGAAACCUGUUUCUAAACAGAGAAAACGAAAGACCAGCUACACACUGAGGGGACUCGAACCCGACGAAAUAACGGAGCUAAGGUCCAAAAUCAACAGCAGAGAGAGAAAGCGGAUGCACGACCUUAAUUUGGCCAUGGAUAGUUUACGGGAAGUGAUGCCGUACGGCAAAGGACCGUCCGUCCGAAAGCUCUCUAAAAUUGCUACAUUAAGUCUUGCUAGGAAUUACAUCCAGACUUUGACGAAGUCCGUUGACGACAUGAAGCGUCUACUUGAUGAAAUCUACCGUUCGUCUGCUUUGAACCAGCGCCAUCCAGAAACAGUGAUGUCUUCGCCUUAUUUGCACGCUUCAGGGACUGCUCUCUUUGCCGCACCCACAUACCCGGUUCCCGCACCCCCCGGAUACACAACAUUGGGACACAGUCUCAGACAUCCCAUGCCGUCCACUUUGUCCACGUGUUCGUCUUUGCACUGUUCCUGCCGAACUUCACUAACUUGCAAUUUACGACCUUCCUCUUCCAGUUUACGACCAUCAGCUUCCAUGUUGCACGCGACAUCUCAAAGACACGUGAAUCAAACACCUACAUGUAUAUAGACUUUUGAUUGGAUAAUAUAGGAUGAUGUUCAGAUUGAUAUGUGAUCAUGUAACAGUGCUGUGUACAGGAAUUACAUUGCUUCAAUACGUAUCUAAUACAUGUAAUGUUUAAACGAAGCACAUGUUUAGG